AUGUCGGCACCAAACAUCGAUUCGCUUGCUGGCCAGGGCGAGUUCCACAGCAAGAAGCCUGGCGCAGAGCCCCUCACGCAUGGGGGACACAAGCCAGGAGUCAAGGUCGGCAACGACGCCGCCCCCGAGUUCAGCACGGAGGCGCACGAGCCCGGAACAGCUCCCAGCAAGGACGCCUUCCAGCCGAACCCGGAGUCAGAGGUGCCAGGGCAGGCACAGAACAACGUCGCGACGACACAAACAGACGCCCUGGGCAGCCUCCCCGGCGCGACGUCCGGCUCCGUCCACAACGCGACACAGUUCGGCAAGCCCGCGCAAGGCGAGUCGAGCGCCGAGGCCCACAGCGACAAGACCGAGCGCCGCACUGGCGUCGAGGGCCACCUCCAGUACGGCCAGUCUGCCGAGACGGGAGAUGGCUCCGUCGAGGGCAAGGCUCGGGCGAUAGGGGCUGACCUCGAAGGACGCGCCGGGGAGCUGGAGGGGCAGAAGGGGGCUAGUGGCGCGGCCGAGGGAGGUGUCAAUUGGCCUGGUGCUGAGAGUGCUGAGCCUGUGAGCGCGGAGGCACUCGCAUCUGAGAGACGAUGA